AUUUUUGAAAGCGUGGCCAAAUAUAAUCAUUGUGCUACUGAGUUCAUUAAUCACCUUAAUGAUAUACAUCAUAAUGCAGGAUUUUGGAAAAUUGAAAAAUGAUAAGAAUGUGGACCAUAGUGAUGUGAAUCGCGAAAACCUUGAUGUAAAGCCAUGGAUUGAGAAAAUCAAAUCUGGCGGGAAGUUAACAUGGUCAAUGGACCAAUUUGUACAAAACAGAGAGCUAGUGGAGGGCAAAGGGUCUCUCAAGGAGAAUGAUGUCCUACCAACACCUGUUAGAGCUAGGAAUCAACGUUUUACAAGUGAUAACAUACAACAACCUAGAUCUGACAAUAUGCCUAUGAUUGGAAAUGU